AUGCAUUUGUUGGGAUCCUGUUAUCUUGGGAAGAGUCCAUGGGAGUCCAGGAGUCCGCUUUUCCCCCCUUGUAUUGCCCGCUCACCAGCAUUUCUACCAUUAGUUUCGAUUGAAGAUGUGCAAGCAAUUCGCGCUGUUGAUGUACAUCAAGGUGGAAAUUACCUUGCUGUUGGUUCCAACUCACAAAUGUGUGUAUCUUUUGCUAAAAACCAGCAGUUACGUGUAUGCGCGUAUCCAGAACUAAAAAAGAUUGCGCAAACAUCACCUGGUUCAAUCUGUUGUAUGUCAUGGAGUCCGAAUGGUCGAAUUAUUGCAACUGGUUCAAAUGAUAAGUUAAUUAAACUUGUUCGAUUAGACAUGGAUAGACCAGACGAUGGGUCAAAUAAUACUGAAAUUGAAUUAACACAUCAUAAUGGUACAAUAAGAGAUCUUAUAUUUAUGCAUGAUCAUUUACGUGAUGAUUCAAUAUUGCUGAAUGGUGGGGCUGGUGACUGUAAAGUCUAUGUCACGGAUGUUAUGAAACAAACACCGAUAAGAAAUUACGCCGGACAUCAAGGUCAUAUUUAUUCAUUAUUUGCAUGGGACGCGUGUAGUUUUGUUUCUGGAAGUCAAGAUGGAACAUCGAAAAUAUGGGAUAUUCAUAGUCCAGUAGCGGCUGUUGCUGUCGAUAAUUCUGGACAAUUAUUGGCUGCAGCCUACGAGGAUGCAACAUGUUUACUAUAUGACUUAAGAGGAAAGAGAAUUGUACAAAUUUAUCAAGCACAUGCUGACGAAAUUCGAAGUGUACGAUUUUCUGUUCAUUUGCAUUAUCUAUUAACAGCAUCGUAUGACAAAAAAGUGUGCGUGACAAGUCUAUACGAUAAGAAAUUAUUACUUCAUCCUGAUAAGGAUGUGCAUAUGGUUAAAGAUGCAGUAUUCUGUGAUCUGACUAAGCCUCUUAUAUUGUCCAAUGUUGCUCCUCAUACGGAUAAAAUAAUUCAAGCACGAUGGUAUCCACAUGAAAUGUCGUUCGUUACCACAAGUGCUGAUAGAACUUGUGUUGUUUGGGCUCCAUCUGCAUUGGCUGCAGCCAACUUAUAG